UCAUUAGUGGGGCUUUUCCCUGCCAAGCUUUUCCCAGCUCCGUGGUUUCCUCCUCCUCCCACUCCUCCUCCACUUCCUAGUCUGCAGCCAAAGUGACAAGAGAAAGAGCCAUAGUAACACCAGAGAGCUUUGGGGGAAGGAAAAUACCUGAAAGGGUUUCUAUCAGUGACUGAUGGCUUUGCUCAACCAAUAGCGCAGAGAGAAAAAAAGCAAGGGGAGGGGUAAUAGUUGUAACCCAAGCUGGGCUGAGGAUAGGUUGAGAUCUGAUGGUGGUGAGCGAGUGGUAGUGCCUUUGCAUGUAUGUGUGUAUGUGUGUGUGCGAGGGAGAGUGAGUGCGUGUAAAGCAGAGGCAGUCAGGGAAUACAGUGUAGCAGUGUCUCUGUUUAGAGAUAGGCUGUUGCAUUUCAGUGCUAGCUGCAGCAAUCUGUGUCUAUUUUUGGUGGUUCUUUAUAAAUAUUUAUUUUGUUGCUGUUGCUGACGAUGAAUCAUAUCUGAAAGCAAAGGAAGAAAAAAAUAAACGAAAGAACUUUACCCUAAAACGAAGGAUUUAGAGAUAUAAUCCAUUGACAGCCUCUUUUUUACUUGCAAGAAGUGCACACUCCAUCUGGAAAUGUCUGAACACAAGGCAAUUGAUCCCAAGUUGUCAACGCUGGACAGGGUGGUUAAAGCUGUACCGUUUCCCCCGAAUCACAGACUGACAGCAAAAGAAGUGUUUGAUAACGAUGGAAAACCUCGAGUAGACGUUCUAAAAGCCCAUCUUAUGAAAGAGGGCAGACUCGAAGAAAGCGUUGCUCUGAGAAUUAUAACAGAGGGAGCUUCCAUUCUUCGCCUGGAAAAAAAUUUACUGGACAUAGAUGCCCCCGUCACGGUUUGUGGAGAUAUUCAUGGACAAUUCUUUGACUUGAUGAAACUUUUUGAAGUGGGAGGAUCCCCCGCCAACACACGUUACCUAUUUUUAGGAGACUAUGUUGAUAGAGGAUAUUUCAGCAUUGAAUGUGUGCUGUACUUGUGGGCCUUGAAAAUUCUAUAUCCCAAAACACUCUUUUUACUCCGCGGGAAUCAUGAAUGUAGACAUCUAACGGAAUAUUUUACUUUCAAACAAGAAUGUAAAAUAAAGUAUUCAGAGAGAGUGUACGAUGCCUGCAUGGAUGCCUUUGACUGCCUUCCCCUUGCUGCUCUGAUGAACCAACAAUUCCUGUGUGUACAUGGUGGUUUAUCUCCAGAAAUCAACACUUUAGAUGACAUUAGAAAAUUAGAUCGAUUUAAAGAACCCCCAGCAUAUGGACCUAUGUGUGACAUUUUGUGGUCAGAUCCACUGGAAGAUUUUGGAAAUGAAAAAAGUCAGGAACAUUUUACUCACAACACAGUAAGAGGAUGCUCAUACUUUUACAGCUACCCAGCUGUUUGUGAAUUCCUUCAGCACAAUAACUUGUUAUCUAUACUCCGAGCUCAUGAAGCCCAAGAUGCAGGUUAUCGUAUGUAUAGGAAAAGCCAAACAACAGGCUUCCCUUCCCUAAUCACAAUAUUUUCAGCACCAAAUUACCUAGAUGUAUACAAUAAUAAAGCUGCAGUAUUGAAAUAUGAGAACAACGUCAUGAACAUCAGACAGUUUAACUGUUCUCCUCACCCUUACUGGCUUCCGAACUUCAUGGAUGUUUUUACUUGGUCCUUACCUUUUGUUGGGGAAAAGGUGACAGAGAUGUUAGUAAACGUACUAAGUAUCUGCUCUGAUGAUGAACUGGUGUCAGAUGAAGAUGCAUUUGAUGACCAGCUAAUAUAUGCACAGAAGAAAGGAGCAACAGCUGCAGCUCGAAAGGAAGUAAUCAGAAACAAGAUCCGAGCUAUCGGGAAAAUGGCAAGAGUAUUCUCUGUAUUGAGAGAAGAGAGUGAAAGUGUAUUGACAUUGAAAGGUCUGACGCCUACAGGAAUGCUGCCCAGUGGCGUUCUUUCUGGAGGCAAACAAACACUCCAAAGCGCUACUGUUGAGGCUAUAGAGGCUGAUGAAGCUAUCAAAGGAUUCUCACCUCAGCAUAAGAUCACUAGCUUUGAGGAAGCCAAAGGGUUAGAUCGCAUUAAUGAGAGAAUGCCACCCCGUCGAGAUGCUCUGCCUUCGGAUGCCAACCUUAACUCCAUCAACAAGGCUAUUUCUUCAGAGACCAACGGCACUGACAGUAAUGGCAGCAACAGCAGCAAUAUUCAGUGACCACUUCCUGUUCAUUCAUUAAUACUUUUGUAGCUGCAAGGCAUGAUGGAACUGCUGCAUAUCAGCAACUGGGUGUUCUUGAUUUGGGUAAAUGCUACUUACUCUUGGGGUGUUAUUGAAUUAUUCAGUUUACAAUGUCAUCCAAAAAAAGAGAGAGUCACAUUUAUUUUAGUGAAGGCCGUUGCCUCAUAAGGAUAUGUCUAUACUUGCUUGUAGAAAACAAUAAAAAAAAAUCACUGAUAUAUAUUUAAAAAUUAAAAGAAUAAGAAUAUUUUCCAACUGUAUUGGGAAUCUAGU